AUGUCGGAGACUGCUCCUGCCCCAGCUGCUGAGGCAGCGCCCGCCGCCACUCCGGCGCCCGCCGCCAAAGCUGCCGCCAAGAAGCCGAAGAAGGCGGCGGGCGGCUCCAAAGCCCGCAAGCCGGCGGGCCCCAGCGUCACCGAGCUGAUCACCAAGGCCGUGUCCGCCUCCAAGGAGCGCAAGGGGCUUUCCCUCGCCGCGCUCAAGAAGGCGCUGGCCGCCGGCGGCUACGAUGUGGAGAAGAACAACAGCCGCAUCAAGCUGGGGCUCAAGAGUCUCGUCAGCAAGGGCACCCUGGUGCAGACCAAGGGCACCGGCGCCUCCGGCUCUUUCCGCCUCAGCAAGAAGCCAGGAGAAGUGAAGGAAAAAGCCCCCAAGAAGCGGGCGGCCGCAGCCAAGCCCAAGAAGCCGGCGGCCAAGAAGCCCGCCAGCGCUGCCAAGAAGCCCAAGAAGGCGGUGACAGCGAAGAAGAGCCCCAAGAAGGCCAAGAAGCCGGCGGCCACCGCGGCCAAGAAAGCUGCCAAGAGCCCCAAGAAGGUGACUAAGGCUGCCAAGCCCAAAAAGGCGGCAGCAGCAGCGAAGAGCCCGGCUAAGGCAAAGGCAGUGAAGCCCAAGGCAGCCAAGCCCAAGGCAGCCAAGCCCAAAGCAGCGAAGGCGAAGAAGGCAGCACCCAAGAAGAAGUAA